CUGUUAUACCUUGUCGACUUGCUUUCCGGUCCCUCAGACUGGGUCACUUCAUUCGGAGAUCGAAUAGCGAAAACGAAAGACGCAUUUCUACAAAGCCCCGAUAUCUCGAUUUUGAGAUGAAGCUAUUUCUUGUGCUUCUGGCAGCAGCUGCUGCUGUUGCUGCGAGCAGCCUUCAACGGACUAACCACCAGGAAAGAGAAAAUGACGGCAAUGAACUUUCUGCCCAAGGUCAAGGCCACGAUGAAUUAGUCAACCGAUAUCGUCGUGCCCCAACACCCGCACCAGAUCAGGCACCCUUCAUGAAGGAUACGUUCUUGCGGAAACACGUGGCACGGGCGGGCGAGAUGGGCAUCAGUGGCCGAGUCGGCAGCACGCCAUGGAAAAACAGCAUGGCGGGUUUUGCAUUGAAUAAGGCGAAAGACGGCUACAGGAGUGCGAAUCCACAAGCGAGACUCCGAGACAUUCUUCCAGAGUCCUACACGAUCAUUCAAAUGAGAGAUAAGAACGAUUACAAGGUACUCCGUGAGGAUUUUGAGAGCCGGUCCGGAGACAGGUUCGUGACUGAUCACAUCUUUAAAGUGCACGAAUUCGAAAGAAAGCAGGAUGGUCGCAGCUAUGACUACAAAAAGACGGACCAAGUCAACCUCGAUUUGGGUGUUAGUAACGGGGAAGUGAACCAUUUCGCUGGGACUGUGAAGUGUCGCAAUAACGGCCGUAGACAGGGCCGGAGGCGCCACCAGAGGUCUGUUUUCCGAUUAAACGGCCAGCUGUGUAUGCGCAGCUGGGUUAACCCUUCGCCACCCGAGUCGUCGGUGAGUGCUAGGAACCGGGGAACCGACGACUCCUCCACGGGCUCCAGGCCUGGAGGUACUGGCACUGGCACGCAAACCCGCCCCGUGCGCUGUCUUCGGGGCUACCGCCGUGUUGCCGGAAGAUGCCGAAGGAUCCCACGGCGAAGACAACAAGGCUAACACUGUGUCUGGCCACAUUGCCUACGGCCGAUAUACUGCCAGUAGCCGUUUUUAACGUAGCCUUUUAGUGUCACAAAAUAUAUCGUAUUGAACUUUAGUCAAAUGCAUCGAUAACGAAUUUUGGAACAUAUUUUCAUGUAUUCGCCGAUUCUAGAACUUUCAAAGUCGUGUGGUGAAAGCCCGAGAUAAUUUUGUCGGCCUGAAUUAUAGAAAAAGCUCACAGCUCGUCAUUACAGACGUGCACACGAAGUAUCCAGUAUGACUACCAUGUGAAAUUUUGAUGAAGUCCGAUAAAUUACACUGCCAAUUGUAGCUGCCAGGUCCAUGCAUUUGAUCAAUUCCGCUUCUCAUCUAAUCCGUCUGAUGUAUUUAGAAGGACACAAAGAGAGUGUAUGCAAAGCUUAUAAAGAAUAUAUUCAUAACAAGUUGUACAA